CAAAAUUUUUACUUUAUCCAACGUUACUAUUGUGCAAAUCCAUUAUUAGCUUGCCAGCAGACAAUGCAACUUUAACUGGCUCUAAGAUAUCGUUAGUUAGCUAGCUAGCUCAUGUGUUGACAGUUGUAACAUUAAAGGCAACACACCGCUUUCAAAUGUUAGAAAUUUAACGCAGGUUUUCUUUAUCUGAACCAUUUUUGCUAUAUAUGGAACAAUUUGACGCUAACACCCUCAAUCGAUUCAGUUUUCUGUCCUUAAAAACGCUGCAGCACCAUGGGUGUGUUGUCCACGCUGAUGAGGGGUCUGGUUAGAGGAGCAGACAGAAUGUCUGAGUUCACCAGCAAGCGUGGAUCAAGGACCCAUAACAAAGGCAGGGGCGCACGGCCCACGGGACUGCGGCUCUCCAGCAGAAAGUUUCUGUCCAUAAGGGCCAUGAUUCCUGAGUUUGUUGUGCCUAACUUGGAAGGAUUCAAACUCAGACCCUACGUAUCAUAUCGCUGCCCCAGAGGAACAGAGCCUCCGCUCACAGCACAAAGUGUUUUUGCUGAGGUAGUGGCCCCUAAGAUCAAGAAAGACUUUGAAGAGGGCACUUUCAGUAAAGAACAGCUGGAGAAAUAUGGCUUUGAGCCCACACAGGAGGGGAAGCUCUUCAAGCUGUAUCCCAAGAACUAUGUGCGUUAAAGUUUCACUCACUGUGAUGUAUUUACAAAGAAAGGCACAGACUGCUGAUGAAAGCUGCAGACAACACUUUCAGGAAAAAAAUAUUGCAAGUGUGUUUAGGAAGAAAUUGACUUGCUUGAUAAGUGGGAAAAAUAAAACUUAAGAUCCAUGCUGCAGAA